AUGGCGUCGUCAUCGAACCCCUUCCGCAAGAGUGCGACGCAGCACCCAGAGAACCGCUUCCCUCCAAUCGACUCUAUAGAUGCCGCCCAGCUGUUCCCGCCUCCGAAAACGAGCUUCCGCGACGAAAACGUGCCUCCCGCUGCGCAGUCUGCGGCCAUUGAUGCGAGCAAGGCAAAGGUCGUCAAGAAGGUCCGCGUUCUGUCACCGCCUCCCCGGUCGCCCGACUCUCCAGAGUGGACGGCUAGCUACUUUGGCUCUGCUGCCCAGACUUAUGCACAGGAGCAGGAUCCCUUCAACAACGUCGACAACGACUGGGACGAUGCUACCGCUACCCCACCUCCUCAGCCGGCUCUUCCGCAGGGGCGGCAGCCGUUGACGACGGCGGACAUGCAGAGGCCGGUGCAGACGGUCGCCAAUCCAUUCAGCAAGAAGAAGACGCAGGACGCUGAGAAUCAUACGGAGCUAAAGGAGGAUGUACGAAAGGAGGGCGAGGUGUUGAAGGCGGCGCAGUCUGCGAGGCGGUCCCUGAAUGUGGAUUCAUUCAAACGACUGCUGAUGACGGGAGCAACGAGCCCACCCAGCUCUCCGCUUCCAACAGACUCUUUCGACAAUAACCAGGCGGAUCCCCCCAAGCCUGCGCAAGAGGCUUCAGCUGCCACCCCUAUCAACAAGGAGAAAAAAGCUCCUCCACCUCCUCCGAGCUCCCGGCACGGCAAGGUGAUCAAACCCGGGCAGAGUGUCACUAGCACCGAGAGCACUGUCACUAGCCCGAGAGAAAAACCAGCCGAGCCAGCGGUAUCUCAAAAUGAACCACUACCCCGGCCUGUGUUGUCUCGAGAAAGCUCGGCUAGCAGUAGCUCCUCAGUAGAGGAUGUGCCUGUUGAGAUGGAUACUCAUCCUCCCGCACUUACAGCUAGCCCGGAUCAAAUAGAUACUUCUAUAUCACCACCCAACAAUGCCAAGAAGCCUGUACCAGCCCCGCCACCGAGAAGGCAACCUCGAGUCGAGGUGAAGACA